GAGGAGGACGAGGAGGACGAGGACGAGGAGGAGGAGGAGGACGAGGAGGACGAGGAGGAGGACGAGGACCAGCAGCAGCCAGAGCGCCUCCCAGGCGCCGGGCGGGGCCGCCAGGCAAGGGGCUCACGCCGGCGAGCUGCGGCACGGGGGAGGGGCGCCAGGGUCUCCACUGGCGCGCCCCGCCCGCCCGUGGUGGUGGUUUCGGGUUCGGCGUCGACGGUCGACGGAUUCCACCGUCGGAUCAAGCUCGAGGAUUUUUGGGCAGGUCCCUGCGGCGAGCCGUCGCUCGCACGUCCCGUCGAGGGGGCGCGGGGCGCGGCGGGCGGCGCUAGCCACGCGGCGGGAUAACUGUCCGGCCGGCGGGCGGCGGGGCCCCGCGCCCGGCACAGCCCGAGGCGCGCCGUGGGAAGCAAUGGACGCUUCGCCACUGCUUGACAUGCAUGUAAAAACGAAAACACGCGGCGGCGUGCACAGAAGCCCGGCCGGACGGAGGAAGUGGGAGGAUCGACUACUCGAAGAGGGAGAGGCCCGACUGCUGGUAGACAGGGCCCGCAUCUCAGCAGCAGCCCUUCUUCUUGCUGCUGACCUUUUUGACCUUCUUGCUCGAC